AUGGCCGGCAUAACCUCUACCCAAUAUAUUCCAAAGUAUGAGGUGGGACAAUUUGAUGAUUCUCCGGCGGAUAAGGAUUAUGAGCAAGGCGAUCGGUCGAAUUAUGGGCAAGAAUUCGGAUUGGAUGAGAACGGAGUAACUUCUGCAAAUUCGGAUGAAAAUAUCGAUUUCUAUGAAGAAGUGGAGGAAGAUUUUGAGGAUUAUUUUGAGGAUGAAUUGAAUGAUAACGAAGAAUGGGAUAAUGCCAGCGGAGAUUUUACUAAACAUUACAAUCGGCUAAGACAACAAUUACAACCUAAUUUAUCUGGUGUUUCUACGGUUGCGAACGUUGGUCAAAGGAGUAUAACGUCACCGGCGAGGACAGGCGGGCCGCAAUCGUCGGGUGGAUCUUCGGAUGUCAGAAGAAAAAAAGAAAUGGAAGAUCAGAUGAAAACCUUGAGUAAAUAUGCUAGCAGGAUUCAUAUUGUAGAUGACCUACCUACUGAUGGAUUAUCAAUUUCCGUUUCAAAUGACAUUAAGAAGAGCAGCAAAAAGGCUCAGGGUGAAAAGAACAAACAUAGUGAUAAGUCCGACCGUGCAACUACCGAACAAGUAUUAGACCCACGCACAAGGAUCAUUCUUUUUAAAAUGAUCAAUCGUAAUGUUAUUUAUGAAAUAAACGGGUGCAUUAGCACUGGGAAAGAGGCCAACGUAUAUCAUGCACUUACGGAGGACGGGAACCAUAGGGCUAUAAAGGUUUAUAAAACUUCGAUCCUGGUAUUCAAGGAUCGCGAUCGCUAUGUCACAGGGGAAUUUCGAUUCAGACGUGGAUACAGUAAGCAUAAUCCACGUAAAAUGGUAAAACUGUGGGCUGAGAAAGAGAUGAGAAACUUAAAGAGAUUGUGGCAGGCGGGAAUUCCUUGCCCCGAGCCUCUUGUAUUGAGGUUACAUGUGUUGGUUAUGGGUUUUUUGGGGGAUAAAAAUGGAUGGGCAUAUCCUCGGUUAAAGGACGCCAUUAUUGGUUCCGAAAAGUAUCCUGAAUUGUAUUACCAUCUUGUCAAGAACAUGAGAACGAUGUAUCACACUUGUCGUCUUGUUCAUGCGGAUCUGAGCGAGUACAAUCUUUUAUAUAACGCGCGUACUUUAUAUAUAAUUGAUGUAUCACAAUCAGUAGAACACGAUCAUCCUCACGCUCUUGAAUUUUUAAGGAAAGAUUGUACAAACGUUACCGAAUAUUUUAGGAAAAAAGGAGUGAGAGUGAUGAGUGUCAGAGAGUUAUUUGACUUCAUUACAGACAUUAAUAUUGGUAUGGAAGAUGACAUGGUUGAAUCGGAAUUGGAUAAGAUUCAAGAACGUCUGGCUUCGCAGUCGUUAUCCGAGCCGUUAACUGAUGAACAAUUGCAAAAGGAAAAGGUUGAUGAAGAGGUUUUUAAACGAUCUUACAUCCCAAGGACGUUAGAUGAUGUUAUUGACGCUGAAAGGGAUCUGAUUUAUCGAAAGAUCACGGGUAUAACUAUUGAAGAUAAAAAGUUAGAUGAGGAGGAAGUCACACGCGUUCCUCCAAUAAUAACCGCCGAUAAAGUCAACGAUGAAAAAGGUAGAGAUGAAACUAUUUCACAAGAAUCAAACGAAAUCGAUUCAGAAGAUAGUCAGGACGAGGAUUCUGACGAAGAAAAAGACGAACAGUUGUUUAAGAAACAAUUGCGGGGGAAGAGGAAUGAAGAUAAGGACGCGAAAAAGGCACGAAAGAAGUUGACCAAAGAAGAGGCGAAAGAAAAGAGAACGCAUAAAAUCCCCAAGGCUGUGAAGAAAAGAAAGAUUAAAACGACAUCUGGAAAAAAGUCAAAUAAGUAA